CUAACCACGGUGUACAGUACACGGUGGUGGCGGCCGUGAUGUGUCGGCGAUGAACUUGAGUGUGAUGGACCUACUGAAAAGCAAAGGAGAGGGCCACACCAUGGAAUGCCGUGCGGAUGCUAUUCGUCAGUGUGGCAGCAUUGGUGGCAGCCAACUGUGAGGCGUACUUGAGCUCUUGGGUUGACCUGCCUAGUGGCUGAAGGUGCAAUCCUGACAACACUUGAAGCUUGUCCAGCAGGUUCUUGUUGUCGUCAUUUACGGCCGUCAGCUCCUGCGCACACACCACACGGCAUCCAGAUUGGCAUGUUUUUAGGUCGAUGAUCUUACCUUGUUGAUCUCAGACUUUUCCCGGCACACACGCAACAGCUCCUGAAAGACAGGGCAGCAGAGGUUGUUGGCAGCCAUUAGCCCGCCUUCCCUCUCCCCUACCUGCUCAAGUAUCUUCUCCUUUCUGGCCCACUCGUCCCGCUCGGCGCGCAACUUGUCCUUAAGGAGACGAAUCAU